AUGAUAGGUACGAAGGUCAACCAGAAAGUGAUGGAUGGUUUAUUAGACCUCACAGGAUUGAGGAAAUCCUUGAAUUCCGGGUCACAGUUGAAGCUAGUCAACUCUUUAAAUGAGCAACUUCAAUUUCUUAAUGAGUUGCACUCUAUACAAAUACCCAGAGACGAAGAGAAAAAUCUUAGACUCAGUCGACUCGUAGACGACGCUUCGGAUGAAGCAGCCCUUAAUUUUGAUCAACUUCUUUCGAACAUCAAGGAUUCAGAACCUGAAUUCAUCAAAGGAGAAGUCGAAGAAACAUGGAAUCCAAUAUCUUUCACUGAAGAACACGAUGAAGACUACUACAUUGUGAAGGAAGGUCUUAUUAAGAAAAACAAGACAAAAAAUUGA